UUCAUUCGUCUAUUUUAAAGCUCACGGUCUCUCUUUCGGUUCCAUCACCCGUUGAGUUUCGUUUUUAUUUUUCUGUUCUAAAUCUGCUCUAGAAUCGAGAUCGAUCAAUAGAGAAGGGAGGGAGGGAGAGAGAGAGAGAGAGAGAGAGAGGAGGAGGAGGAGAAGAAGAAGAAAGGAGGGAACGAUGGCUGGGAUUGCAAAGGAAGAGAUGGAAUCGGUGACGGCGAGGCAGCGGCCGAAGACGAAGAUAGUGUGCACUCUGGGUCCGGCAUCGCGAUCCGUAGAGAUGCUUGAAAAGCUCCUCCGUGCGGGAAUGAACGUUGCCCGAUUCAAUUUUUCCCACGGAUCCCACGCGUACCAUCAGGAAACCCUCCAAAACCUCCGCACCGCCAUGGAAAACACUGGCAUCCUCUGUGCGGUCAUGCUCGACACCAAGGGACCAGAGAUUCGAACUGGCUUUUUGAAAGAUGGAAAACCAAUUCGUCUUGAGAGGGGUCAGGAGAUUACCAUUAGUACUGACUAUAGCAUUAAAGGCGAUGAAAGCAUGAUAUCUGUGAGCUACAAAAAGUUAGCUCAGGACCUGAAGCCAGGUGGUGUCAUUUUGUGUGCUGAUGGUACUAUCACCUUCACUGUGCUAUCCUGUAAUGAAAAGGAGGGAUUGGUUUGUUGUCGCUGUGAGAACUCAGCCAUCCUUGGAGAGCGUAAGAAUGUCAAUCUUCCUGGAGUCGUGGUUGAUCUUCCAACGCUAACAGAGAAAGACCAGGAGGAUAUCUUACAGUGGGGUGUUCCAAACAAGAUUGACAUAAUUGCUUUGUCCUUUGUUCGCAAAGGUUCUGACCUUGUUCAGGUCAGGGAGCUUCUAGGAGAUCAUGCGAACAAAAUCAUCCUGAUGUCAAAGGUUGAGAACCAAGAAGGUGUAGCAAAUUUUGAUGACAUUCUAAAUAACACAGAUGCUUUCAUGGUGGCACGAGGUGACCUGGGUAUGGAAAUUCCGAUAGAGAAGAUUUUCUAUGCACAGAAAGUGAUGAUAUUCAAGUGUAACAUGCAAGGAAAGCCAGUUGUUACUGCAACACAAAUGCUGGAAUCUAUGAUCAAGUCCCCACGGCCCACCCGAGCUGAAGCUACAGAUGUAGCGAAUGCUGUCAUCGAUGGCACUGACUGCGUGAUGCUUAGCGGAGAGACAGCGGCCGGAGCUUACCCGGAACUAACUGUUCGAACAAUGGCGAAAAUUUGCCUGGAAGCUGAAUCUUACUUGGAUUAUGGAGCUGUUUUCAAAUUGAUCAUGGCAGGAGCUCCAAUUCCUAUGAGCCCAAUAGAGAGUCUUGCUUCAUCGGCAGUGCGAACUGCCAACUCUGCAAAAGCAUCUCUUAUUAUAGUUCUCACCCGAGGAGGAAGCACUGCAAAGUUGGUCGCCAAAUACCGGCCUGCAAUGCCCAUCCUUUCAGUUGUGGUUCCUGAAUUGAAGACCAAUAUCUUCGAUUGGUCCUGCAGCGAUGAGGCUCCUGCAAUGCACAGUCUUAUUUACAGAGGAUUGAUACCAAUGCUGAGCACAGCAACAGCGAAAGCUUCAACUUCUGAGGCCACUGAUGAAGCUGUUGAACUUGCCAUUGCACAUGCUAAGGCGACAGGUCUCUGCGUGUCUGGAGAUUCAAUUGUUGUAUUGUUUCGGCUUGGAGCUGCAUCAGUGAUUAAGCUUCUUACUGUGAACUGAUAAUUGGAGAACUUUCUACAGCAAUUUUGAUAGGAGACAUAGCAACCCUUUUAUUUAGCUUCUCAUUUUAUUCUAUUUCUACCUACAAUUCUUCAAGUUAUCAGGCAAUUAAAUGAGUUUUGUAGAUAUGAUUACACUUUGAACUUUAGGCUUUUACUUACCUUUCAAAAGUAAUAUCAUUUUUAAAGAGAAUCUAUAGAACUGCUUAAGUUCCUCUUAUUUUGUAAGAUUUCUAUUGUAAUAAAUAUUUUAUGAUUUAUGACUCAUCUUUCAGUAUU